AUGCCUGGCAGUCAAGGCGAAGGCAGCGCAUCCAACAAGCGAUCAUACGGCAAAGACACACUCCGACCCGUAACCAUCAAGCAACUCAUAGACGCCCACCACCCACACCCCGAUGCCGAACACUUCAUGAUCGACGACAGCGAAACCACACAAGUCACAUUCGUUGCGCAAGUACGAAACAUCAGCACACAAACAACAAACGUAACCUACAAGCUCGACGAUGGCACCGGCACCAUCGAAGUCAAAGUCUGGGUUGACGCGGAAACCGCUGCCAUGGAUGACGGAAAGCCGAAAGUGGUGGAGCAAGGAUAUGCGAGGGUUUGGGGACGACUGAAAGAAUUCAAUAACAAGAGACAUGUUGGAGCGCUGUUCAUUCGACCUAUUACGGAUAUGAAUGAAAUCUCGUAUCAUUUGCUGGAAGCGACUGUCAUACAUCUACAUUACGCGAAAGGGCCUGUCGAGCACUUGCAGGCGAAUGGUGGGGCGCAGCAAUCGAAUGGUAUGGGGUAUGGACAGCAAAAUGGCGGUGGUGGUGGAGACGCAGGUGGUGGCAUGGCUGGACUUUCGCCUACGGCCAGGAAGGUGUAUGGCUGUUUGAAGAAUGCGACGCAUACGAAUGAGGGGCUACAUGCACAGGUUAUUGCUCAGCAGGUUGGACUGGAAAUUUCGGCCGUCAUGAAGGCUGGUGAUGAAUUGAUGAGUCUGGGUAAGGUUUAUACGACGGUGGAUGAUUUGACGUGGGCUUUGCUAGAUCUGGAGGUUUGA